UUCAAGCGAUUUGACACUAUUCAAGCACAAUAUAACAGUGCAGUGUCUCCCGAAGCAGCAGCAACUUCAGUCUUCAGGGCCAAGCUUACGAAAACACUGAAAGAGUGUAGUUUGAGUUUUUCUUUUGCUCAGUUUUUUAUUAUUGAACACAGGAUGGAUUUCACAAUCAGGGCCGCCACACUCGAGGACUGUAAGGACAUUUCGCGGAUGAUACUGGAAUUGGCAGAGUAUGAGAAACUUUCUGACCAGGUGAAGAUUACACAAGAAGCUCUGGAGCAGGAUGGCUUCUCUAAAAACCCUUUUUUUCAUGCAAUCAUUGCUGAAGUGCCAGAACACCUUAAGUCCAGAGAGGGUCAUACCAAAGUUGGUUACUGUCUUUACUUCUACGCAUACAGUUCAUUUAAAGGUCGGGCGGUGUACAUGGAGGAUCUGUAUGUGAUGCCAGAGUUCAGAGAGAAAGGCAUUGGCAAGGCUCUGAUGUCCAAAGUCUCCCAGCUUGGUCUGGCUGCCGGUUGCACACAGCUGAAUUUCACUGUGCUGGACUGGAACAAAUCAUCUCUGGACUUCUACCUAAAGGAGGGCUGCUGUGAUGUGACCUCUGACGUUGGCUAUCACUGCAUGCGCUGUGAGGGCGAUGCCCUUGAACACUUAGCCCAGAGUGAUCUUCAAACACUCAGGGCUUUUUUUUUUUUUGCUCAGUUUGUUAUUAUUGAACACAGGAUGGAUUUCACAAUCCGGGCCGCCACACUCGAGGACUGUAAGGACAUCUCGCGGAUGAUACUGGAGUUGGCAGAGCAUGAGAAAGUUUCUGACCAGGUCAAGAUUACACAAAAAGAUCUGGAGCAGGAUGGCUUCUCCAAAAACCCCUUUUUCCAUGGAAUCAUUGCUGAAGUGCCAGAACACCUUAAGUCCAGAGAUGGUCAUACCAAGGUUGGCUACUCUCUGUACUUCUACACAUACAGUUCAUGGAAAGGUCGGGCGGUGUACAUGGAGGAUCUGUAUGUGAUGCCAGAGUUCAGAGGGAAAGGCAUUGGCAAGGCUCUGAUGUCCAAAGUCUCCCAGCUUGGUCUGGCUGCUGGUUGCACGCAGCUGAAUUUCACUGUGCUGGACUGGAACAAAUCAUCUCUGGACUUCUACCUAAAGCAGGGCUGCUGGGAUGUGACCUCUGACCUCGGUUAUCACUGCAUGCGCUGUGAGGGUGAUGCCCUUGAAAACUUAGCCCAGGGAGAUCUUUAAAUUUUGAAUCACAUAGAUUUCCCUGUCAACCACUGAUCAGAGCCACAAGUAACAAGUUGUUUGAUAAGCACAGGAAGACCAUGCUCAUAUCCUAUAUAGAUUUUCUGAAAGAAACGCAACUUUAUGAGGCAAUAGAGAUAAGCAUUAUUUUCAAGAACCACAGACAGAAGAAGCUGCUUAUUUAUGUUGCCUCAAAAAGUGUAUUACAUAUUGACACAUUCUACGCAUUUAAAUAGUAAAGUCUGGCCUAACCAAAGAUUUAGAAGUGCACUGUUGUGUUAUUGGGAAUCACAUAUACAGUUGAGGUCAAAAGUUUACAUACACCUUGCAGAAUCUACAAAAUGUUAAUAUAGACCACAAGAGAAAAUAAUAUUUGAAUUUAUAAAAAUGACCCUGUUCAAAAAUUGACAUAUGCUUGAUUCUUAAUACUGUGGUAUGUUGAAUUAUCCACAGGUGUGUUUUUUUUGUUUAGUUAUAGUUGUUCACAGGUCCCUUGUUU